GCCUGUUUCACUUUACGAUGGACCGCGGAGGACCCUACAAACAGUCUAAACCAAUCCAAUGCCGUGUGAGUAUCACGUGACUUAAACCUGAAAACAGCAAGCGAGCUGGAUAAGAGUGACGAUAAUAAUCCCUGGAGAAGAAGAACAAUCGGAACAAAGGACAAACACAGAUCUCCAGCUGAGUUUAGAUAUUUUUGUUUGUUCCUUGUCCCUUGCUUGUCCCGUUUGUUCCCCUUCUCCAGGGAUUUUUAUCGUCAAUAUUGUAGCGUUGGAUUGGCUGGAAUGGCUUGUAGAGUCCGCUGCGGUCCAUCAUGAGGUAAACUGGGUGAAACCGUAAAAUGCCUGGCUGAUUCGGCUGAGUUGGCUGAGUCAGGCACCCCUGUCAGACGCACGGCGUGGCUCGAAGGUUGUUGUUGGAACCGUGGCACCGUGGCACCGUGGUUGGAACAGCUGCAGUUUCUCGGAAAAUGACAACAAAGUUGCGUGGGAACCGUGUUUGGAACAGCUGCAGUUUUUCGAAAAAUGACAACAAAAUUGCGUGGUUACUUCAGUCGCGUUGUGAUGUUGCAGUAUUUAAGCCGUUGAUUCGUGCUGAAGGAACAAAACGAGCGGCACGGCGCCCAUUUGGGUCGCGUGAGAUACCACUAAUCACACGGCGAUUGGGGGUGCGCAUUGUUCUUCCCGAGUUUAGCAGCGCUGGAAGGCCUUGCGAUAAGUUUACAUGGUGACAGCGGGUAAUCGAAGAAGCGUGUGCCAGCAUAUCGAGCGGCGCCCAACUUUCUGCAAUGGAGCACACCGCCGAGAGCGAAGUUGUGAGGGCCGCAGCGCCCAAGUCCAAAGCAUGCCUUCCAAUGCGGUAUGUGAUGUGCUUCAUGAUCAGCCUAGGGAUGUGCCUCGUCUACUCGAUGAGGGUGAAUCUUAGCGUCACCAUCAUUGCAAUGGUGAACACCACUGCCACAGACGCAAACUCAACCCACAUGGUCAACAUGGCGUGCCCAGCCCCCAGUAACCAGACCUCUCCAGAUGACUCUAAAAAGACCGGGGAGUUCCUCUGGGACCAGGUGACUCAGAGCUAUGUGCUCAACGCCUUCUUCUACGGCUACAUCAUCACCCAAAUCCCAGGUGGUUGGCUCUCUGAGGUUAUCAGCCCGGCCUGGAUAUUAGGUGGAGGCAUUGGAAUCACCGCCAUGCUCACGCUCUUCACCGCGGUGGUGGCGCGUGCGAGCCUGCCUGCCUUCCUGGUGCUUCGGGCACUCGAGGGGAUCUCUGAGGGCGUGACGUACCCGUCCUUGUACGCCCUGGUCGCCCGCUGGUCGCCGGUUCGGGAACGUAGCUUCCUGGUGACUGUGUGCAUCUUUGGCUCCUUGCUGGGCACCGUCAUCACCUUACCUGUGGCAGCAGUGCUCUGCGAGCACGGUUUUGACGGAGGCUGGCCCUCCGUCUUCUACCUCACUGGUCUGCUGGGCUUUGUCUGGGUUGUCGUCUGGUUCCUCCUGUCCUCUGCGACCCCUGAGCAGAAUCGCCUGAUCUCUCUGGAAGAGCGGAAGUACAUCGUCGACAGCCGAGACUGCAAGUUUGGAGUGCAGAGGAGUGUUCCUUGGAUCGAGAUUUUGCUGUCGCAGCCUGUGUGGAUGUGUGCCUUAAUCAAGUUCUGUAGCGCCUGGAGCUUUUACACAUUGCUCACAGAACUGCCGAGCUACCUGGAGAAUGUGCUUCACUUUAAGAUUCAGAAGAACGGGCUCUUCAACGCUGGCUUCUACUUGAGCCAGGGUGUGAUGGAACUCGUGAGUUCCUACAGCGCAGACAGGAUCAUCGAAAGGCGUCUCCUCGGCGUCACUUCGACCAGGAAGGUGUUCCAGAGCAUUAGCCUUCUGGGACAGGCGGUCAUCUUCGUGUGCCUGGCCUCUGCAGGCUGCAACACUGUUCUCGCGUGCAUACUCCUGUUUGUUGCAUGCUCACUGGCCGGCGCCCACUCCGGCUGCGACAGCGUUCUGCCGAUCGACUUGGCUCCGGAGUUUGCAGGUUCUGUGAUGGGACUCGUGAACACCGUUGCUAGCACGGCCGGGAUAUUUGCCCCAAUGCUUGUGGGCUACCUGACAGAAAACAAUGAGAGUCUGGAGCGGUGGGACACUGUCUUCUACGUGUCGGCCGCCAUCAACCUGUUUGGAGGCGUGGUUUUCCUCAUCUUUGGUACGGCCAAGGUGCAACCAUGGGCCCACCCGCAAACCGAAGUGGUUCCGGACACGGAUCCAUUGAUUCCUUCGAUCAAUGACGAUCCGGGGCACGGCGCCGCUUCCUCGAACGACGACGCCUCCUCGUUGGAGAAACGUGCCUGAAAGCGCGCUCCGAGUUUCGCCCGAAAUCGACGCCGUGUGCAGUGCACACACUGCCGUUUCAUGCAGUGCACGUGCCACAAUGUCCCGGCAUGCAAUAUGCGAUUCCCUAAAGGCUGCUUCACACGUUGGCAUUUGCGCGCAA